AGGACUUUUAUCUUGGCAAGUUGAUUUGAAAGCGGAAGUCUCGAAUUUUUCAGCGUUUGAAAGGAGUUUAAAUGGAUUCAAGCCGAUAUAUAUCAAUAACGUGAUUGUAUAUGUGUGUAAAUUACCUGUAUAUGAAGAUUUGUAACCUUUUUACUUCAUUUGAGGUGUCUAGCGGAAGAAUAAAAUGUCGUCGCGUCACGAAUCGGAGCCUAAAUUGUACUAUUACAGCAGGACAUUGUGCGGCAUCUGUACACAUGUGACGUGUGCUGUAUUCACUGGCUUCAUAACUGUACUGUCCAAACCUGGAUCCAGUCUGUUCUCCUGGCAUCCGUUCUUAAUGACCCUUGCUUUUUCCUUCUUCAUGACCGAAGCCAUUCUGCUGUUCAAUCCCCAUUCCUCUCCAGUUGGAAAGCUGAAGCACAAAACUAAAGGGCGUCUACACUGGAUUUUGCAAUGUCUCUGUGUCUUCUGUGCCAUUGUGGGUCUGAUCGCCAUCGCUUACAAUAAGAACCUCAAUGAGAAGCCACACUUCACAUCAUGGCACGGUUUGAUCGGUUUGGUAACUGUGAUUGUUGUCGUGCUGCAGUCUCUGGGAGCCCUUUCUCUGCUUUAUCCCAAACUGGCCAAAGGCUGGUCACUGGCAAAACUAAAGCGCUACCACGCCACCUCAGGUUUACUGACGUACCUGCUGGGCAGCAUCAGUCUGUUUCUAGGAUUGUGUUCUGCAUGGUUCAGCAGUAAUGUGAGCGGGUAUGUCUGGUACCUGGCAGCCCUUUGCCCAAUAUUGUGCGCUCUGGUUAUUAUGAGUCAGGUAACAAAUGCGUAUAUGGCCAAGAAACGACAGCAGUACUGAGAUUGUUGAAGAUUGGGAAAUUAAAGAUGGACAUUUUCAUUUGCAAGCAUUGAGCUGCGAGCUACUGACCCAUGUUAAUGGAGACAUUUUAUUUGUUAUUUUGUUUUGUAAUUGUAGAUCUGAGAAGAUACACAGUGCUUUGUAACUACUUGUCAUUUUUAUAACUGAUUUAUAAAUAGACUCAAUGUAUUUUUGUAUAACUUUUUUUAUCCUUAAAUGCAUUCUGACAGUUUGUUGUACAACAAUAUAUACAUUGAUGAAUGUCAUCAUUUAAUUAUUUGUUGUUAGGAGGGUUGUGUAAUUUUUUCGGCAAUACAAAUUAAACUAUUCCGUUUAACUAAAAAAAAGCAUUUAUAAUACAUUUUUAUUUUGUAUAUUUAACUGUUAAUAUAAAUAAUUAGUAAUUUCUUGUGCAACUGUUUUUCUUUUUAUUAUAUAAAGCAGCAAUCCGUAACUUUAGCCAUCUUUAUCGC